UGACGCACGCGAUCCAACUCCCGGCGCGGCGUCAUCUUCACGCGACAGCGUCCAGCUUCGCGCCAAGCCAGUCGGAUGCUUAAACUGUAUUUUCUGACAACACGCUUGACCCCAAACUGCAGGAGCGCUGUGCAUUAUGGACAUCAGGCGGUUCUUUGCACCGACUUCAGACAAGUCCGCGGUGCAGAAACCAGCUCCAGCUGAACCCGUCAACACGGAGAAGAAGGAGAAGAAGGAGGAGAAGAAGAAGAAGAAGAAGAAUCCUCUCUCUUCGGAUGAGGAAGUGAAGAAGAAGAAAGAGAUCGCCAAGGAGAAAAGCUCCAAACCAGAGGAGAAACAGAAGGAUAGUGAGAAGAAGCGAAAGAAGCGCGCAGUCAUAGAAUCCGACUCUGAAGAUGAGAAGCCAGCGAGGAAGACCAAGAAGUCACCGAAAGAGAAACCGACAACAAGGAAAACAGAGGCGCCGCCCAAGAGCGAUCCUGUGCAGUAUGUCUCUGAAACAGACUCGGACAGUGACAACUUUCAGUCUUUGAAGAAGGCCUCCAAACCAAAGCAGAAUGACGCGACCAAACAGACCAAACCAGAUGUGGCGCUCGCUCGUCCACGAGUCAAAGGGGGGCCGAAGUCUCCGCCCAAGCCCUCCGCCACGCGGGGCAGAACUACGGCGAAGUCUCCCGUCACCCCAAAGUCAACGCCGCCGCCGCCUCCUCCACUCAAACAAACCCCCACCUCGGUACUCGACUACUUCGGUAACGCGGCCGUUCAGCGUUCCGAUAAGAAGCUGGUGGCCAGCACCAAGCGAAAGGCCCCCACCCAGGAGGCCGAUGAUCUGAUGAGUGAUGAGCAAAUCGCCAAACAGCUGCAGAUGGAUGAGGACAUGAUGGAGCUAGAGAAGCAGGUCCAUGAGGACGAGGAAUUUGCCAGAACUCUGGCCAUGCUGGACGAGGAGCCUCACGCAAAGAAGGCUCGUAAAGACUCCGCCGCCGGCAGCCCCUCAAAGACCAACCGGAGGGGCAGCGCGUCGGAGGACGCGAUCGGCCCGACUCCUAAGAAGGACGCCGCGCCCGUCAAAGUCAGCUCCAAACUGGCCACCAUGAAGAAAAAGAACGAGGAGCAAGAGGCUGGCUCAAAGGGCAAAAGGUCAGCCACGCCCACAAAAGUCAAAAUCUCUCCCAAAAAGGAGCCGCUCCCCUCGUCUGGCAAGAAGUUCAUCGCCAAAACGGGAACCACGCCCAUCGCCGUUAAAACGUCUCCGAUGAAGCUAGAGAGUACCAGUCCUGAGGACGCAGACAAGAAGAAGGUCAACUCUGCAGCUUUCAGGAACUUCCUCAACAGAGAUGGACCACGAGCUCUGGGCUCCAAGGAGAUCCCUCAGGGUGCAGAGAACUGUUUGGAGGGCUGCAUGUUUGUGCUGACGGGGGUCAUGGAGUCCAUGGAGAGGGAUGAUGCCAAAUCCCUGAUUGAGCGCUACGGAGGCAAAGUGACGGUCAGCAUCAGCAAGAAGACCACCUACCUGGUGCAGGGCCGAGACAGCGGAGUCUCCAAGCUGGAGAAGGCGGAGAGUUUUGGUACCAAGAUCCUCGAUGAGGACGGUCUGUUGGAACUGAUCAGAACCAAACCAGGAAAGAAGUCCAAGUACGAGAUCACUGCCGAGAACCAAGCGUCAAAGACCAGGACUCCCCCCGGCACCACAUCCAAGAGCACCCCCAAAGCCCAGAAGAUCUCUCCCUCCAAGGGCAAUUCCCGGUCCCCUCACACCCCGAGCCCGUCGAAGACCGGCCUGCCACACGGCAGAAGCUCGGGGCAAACGGCCCGCCGGGGGCUCGGCCUCUCCUCGUCCUCCUCGCCCCCGUCGGCGGCCAUGGACGACGCCACGCUGCUGUGGGUGGACAAGUACCGCCCGCGCUCUCUGAAGGCCGUCAUUGGUCAACAGGGAGAUCAGAGCUGUGCCAAUAAGCUGCUCCGCUGGCUGCGCAACUGGAACCGGCACCACAGCGGGGGCUCCUCCAAGCCAGCAGCUGCGAGGUUUGGGAAGCCCGGAGGAGGGAAAGAUGAUGGAGCAGCAUUCAAAGCGGCUCUGCUCUCUGGACCUCCGGGCGUGGGGAAGACCACCACAGCAGCUCUAGUGUGUGAGGAGUUGGGCUUGAGCUACGUGGAGAUGAACGCGAGCUGCACUCGCAGCAAAAACAGUCUGAAGGAAGUGGUGGCGGAGUCACUCAGCAACACGAGCAUCGAGGGCUUCUACAAAGGCACCUCCAAGAAAGUGAGCAGUGAACACGUGCUGAUCAUGGACGAGGUCGAUGGGAUGGCCGGCAACGAAGACCGCGGAGGAAUACAGGAGAUGAUCGGCCUGAUCAAACAUUCAAAGAUUCCCAUCAUCUUCAUGUGCAAUGAUCGUAACCACCAGAAGAUCAGGUCACUGGCGAACUACUGCUUCGACCUGCGCUUCCAGAGGCCGCGGGUGGAGCAGAUCAAGGGAGCCAUGAUGUCCCUCGCCUACAAAGAGGGGAUCAAGAUCCCGCCCCCGGCUCUGAAUGAAAUCAUCCUAGCCUCCAAUCAGGACGUCCGACAGGUGAUCCACAACCUGAGCAUGUGGUCGGCCAAAGACAAGGUGAUGACGUACGACCAGUGCAAGUCGGACGCGGCCAGCGCCCGCAAGGACACCAAACUGGGGCCGUUCGAUGUGUGCAGGAAGGUGUUCAGCUCGGGGGAGGACAGCGGCCACAUGAGCCUCAUCGACAAGUCGGACCUCUUCUUCCACGACUACUCGCUCGCGCCGCUCUUCGUCCAGGAGAACUACCCGCAUGUUCGCCCGCGGGCCGCCGGUGGGGACCUGAAGGCCCACCUGAUGUUGCUCAGCAAGACCGCUGACUCCAUCUCUGACGGAGACCUGGUGGACCGACAGAUCCGCUCCAAGCAGAACUGGUCGUUGCUGCCCACCCAGGCCAUCUAUGCCAGUGUUUUACCCGGCGAGCUCAUGAAGGGCUACAUGAAUCAGUUCCCCACCUUCCCCAGCUGGCUCGGCAAGUUCUCCUCCACCAACAAACAUUCCCGCAUCGUGCAGGAGCUGGCCUCACACAUGGGUUUAAAAACGAUGAGCAGCAGACAGGCGGUGAACCUGGACUAUCUGCACUACCUGCGGGGGGCGCUGCUCAGCCCCCUGCAGAGGCUCGGAGCGGAGGGCGCCGGCGAGGCCGUGCGGCUGCUGGACAGCUACCAGCUCGUCCGGGAAGACGUGGACAGCAUCGUGGAGAUCAGCGCGUGGGGCGGGCAGCCGGACCCGUACUCCGCGCUGGACUCUAAGGUGAAGGCAGCGUUCACGCGGGCCUACAACAAAGAAGCGCACCUGACGCCGUACGCUCUGCACGCGGUGAAGAAGGGCCGCCGCGGGGGGCCGGGGGCGGGGUCUGAGUUGGGAGGAGAGGACGCGGACAACGAGGUGCAGGAGUCCGAGGACGAGGGAGUAAACGCCGACGCCAUGAUCAAACAGAAGAAGUCCAAAGCCACCAAGGACUCCAAGAAAAAGGAGAAGGAAGAUUCUGGCAAGGGGAAGGGCAAAGGCAAGGCUAAGAAAUGACCGACGACCAGAAGAUUAAACCGCUGUAACUGCCUCCCUCCGCCCCUCAGACGGAAAUGUUCCUUCUGUGCACCUGCAGAGAUCCUUUAGUGAGUAUCAGGAGGUCGUGACUCUGGUUGCUGCGCCUCAAACACUCGAUGCUAAACCCAGCGAGCUAGUAAGAAAGGUUCUCCACCUUUUUAACUUCCUGUUGUCUUUCUAUCAGAGCGAACAAAUGAUGUAGAUCACCUGCUUGUUCUAUUGUUCUAUUAUCUAUUAUCAUGUCUCCGUGGCAACGUCUUUCUUCCAUCAUCGGUUAGUGGGACGGGUGUUGAGGCUGUAAAUAAUGUGACGGACGCAGGAGUCUGUUCUCGUUGCCAAGAAUACAAUACAGAAAUGUUCUGUGCUGUACGCUUAGUACCGAGGUUCUUGUAAAUUACAAUUUUUGUAAAAAAAAAAACACGUCAUGAGGAUUAAAGGAAUGUGUCAGUAA